UCCUCUUCGUCUUCCCCCAGCCCGUUACUCCCCCUAGUCCGCCGCCCUCCGCCGCCGCACUCGUCUCCUCCACCGCCGGCCAGAUCCGCUCUGCUGCGCGGCCGCCCGCCAGCCCAGCUCCCAGAUUUCGCCCCGAGAUCCGCCACCGCCGUCUCGGCACCGCAGCCCCUUCGUCGGGGGUGAUCCGCUGCCCGACCCCCCGCCGGCGCGCCGCCCAGCUUAUAAUAUUCCGGCAGACUUCCAAGGUACGGCUGGUGCGAGCCAGCUUGAGUGGCUUUUGUGGGAUCUGCUUCAUCUUCGUCUUAGCCAAUAUUUGGCCUUGGACCAAAGGCUGUCUGAAAUUUGCAGUAUGAAAUAAAAAAUCCUACAACGGUGCAUGUAUUCAUCUACAAACAUAGGCACGAUGAUGGUUAUUCUCGGGCACACUUAUCGGGUGUUCUUGACAUUGCCUUCCGUGCUGCAGUCCUUUGCAUGUUGUAAGGUUGUGGCUGUUGCCUAUCAUGUUCUAUAAAUUUGGACCAUGGAGCAUGCACCACGUAACAGGGGAUUUCCAACCGACCCCAAGGAGUAUAAGUUAUAUGAGGAAAUUGGAGAAGGAGUUAGCGCCACAGUUUUCAGGGCUCUUUGUGUCCCGCUCAAUACUUUUGUUGCCAUCAAAGUUCUCGACCUUGAGAAAUGCAGCAGUGACCUGGAUGGAAUAAGACGGGAAGUACAAACUAUGAGCUUGAUUGAUCAUCCAAAUCUUCUCCGUGCAUGUUGUUCAUUUGCAAAUGACCAUCAACUUUGGGUUGUCAUGCCUUUCAUGGCUGCUGGAUCUGCCUUGCACAUUAUAAAAACUAAUUUUCCAGAAGGGUUUGAGGAGGCAGUCAUUGCCACUCUUUUGCGGGAAGUUCUCAAAGCUCUUGUCUACCUACAUUCCCAAGGGCAUAUUCACAGAGAUGUAAAGGCUGGAAAUAUCCUAAUAGAUACAAAUGGAGCUGUUAAGCUAGGAGAUUUUGGAGUAUCUGCCUGCAUGUUUGACACAGGGAAUAGGCAACGAGCAAGAAAUACAUUUGUUGGAACCCCUUGCUGGAUGGCUCCAGAAGUCAUGCAACAACUGCAUGGUUAUGAUUAUAAAGCUGACAUUUGGUCGUUUGGGAUAACUGCAUUAGAAUUAGCACAUGGUCAUGCUCCAUUUUCGAAGUACCCUCCAAUGAAGGUGUUACUUAUGACCUUGCAAAAUGCACCGCCAGGCUUAGAUUAUGAGAGAGACAAGCGAUUUUCAAAGUCUUUCAAGGACUUGGUUGCUACAUGCUUAGUCAAGGAUCCGCAGAAGCGUCCCUCUUCAGAGAAGUUGUUGAAACAUUCGUUUUUUAAGCAAGCGCGAACAGCUGAUUUCUUAGCACGGAGUAUUCUUGAAGGACUCACUCCACUGGGUGACCGCUUUAGGGCCUUAAAGGCGAAAGAGGCUGACUUGCUUCUCAAUAACAAGCUUGGUCCAGAGAGCAAGGAGCAGUUGUCACAGAAAGAAUACAUAAGGGGCAUCAGUGGCUGGAAUUUUAAUCUGGAGGACUUGAAAGCAGCAGCUGCCCUUUUAGACAGUUCAAAUGGCACAUAUUGUUUUGAUACCAACAACAAAGAUAAGGAUGGGCUACAAGAUGCUUAUAAUGAAGCAGAAGAUAUUUACCAGGAAAGGGUCAACCUUGGUGCUUCUACAAGGCUUGAGGAGGAUGAGAUACAAGAAGUCGAAGAUUUGAAUGGAGAUCUUGCCUCUUCAUUUCCAACCCGUCCCCUUGAGGCACUAAAGUCUUGCUUCGAUGUUUGCGGUGAUGAUGAUCAGGAUCCUACUGCUAUGAAUUUGCGGGUGCAACCAAGCACGGAAUCUACAUCACCUGUGCAGGAGAUCCCACAAAUGCAGCAUAGUAGAAUUGAAAUCUUCAAUGGUGAAAAUUUGGAAAGAAGUGUUUCUGUACCCUCGAAUUUGGGAAAUAGUCACAAAUUCUCAAGUGGUUCUCUAAUUCCUGAGCAUGUUCUAUCUCCUUACAAGAAUGUUGGCAGUGAUUCACAAAGGAAUGAAUUUCAUCAGAAAAAUCCGUGCAUUAGAAACCGAAGUGGCCCUUUGUUCUUCCGUCAAAUGAAGGACACACGCUCACAUCUGUCUGGGACACCUGAUCCAUCGUCAGAAGUAAAUGUUGUCCAGCGAAGGGGGCGUUUUCAGGUUACAUCAGAUAAUCCUGCUCAAAAGAUAGCUCCAGCAGCAAGCAGCAGUAGGACAAAUUUGUCAAGUGGAGUAACACGGCCAUCUUCCAACUCAUCCACAAUUCUUCCAACACUACAAUUCUUGAUGCAGCAAAAUAAUAUGCAGAAGGAAGUACUAAGUAGACUGAUAUCUUCGGUUGAGGAAACAUGUGAUUCUUCCGAUGCAAGUACGGUUAGUUCGUCUCAGUCAUCGGGCUCACUUGUUAGAGAGAAGGGAUUGGAGUCAUAUGUUGUCCAUCUGCAGCGAAGUGUCACGGAACUUGCUGAGGAAGUGCAGAGAUUAAAGCUGAGAAAUAAUCAGCUUGAGCAGCAGAUCAAUGGGUUGUCGAAAAAAGAUGAAAGGUUGCGAGAAGAGGGUACAAAGCAAUGAUAUGUGCCUCGGUAGCCCUCUGUUGUAUAAUUCGGUUCCCCAAUUUUGAACCUGGCUAGCGAAAUUAAUUGUAUUUAUUUCGAAAUCAGGUAGUUAUAUCAUUGUAAUUGUAACUAUUUUAGCAAAUCCAGACUAUAGUUAUUUUUUGAUUUGUACAGCGUGUUUUGGGUUAAUGGUAAGAAUUAGUUUCCAUUAAAUAUAGUAGAUACCGCUUGGGCAACUCUUUGUGAACUUA